CCGCCCCACCUGGUCCCAGGCUUGCCCAGGUACCCCAACCAACCACCCGGCCGCGCCAGGCCUGCCAGUGUUGUGAGAUGGAAGUUGGAAUUUCUGACAUGACAACUGACCCAAGCUGUCGGUUCUGUGCCAGCCGGCGGCAGCUUUUGUAGAUAGCCAUCUGGGUGCGAUUAGUAAUUUAAAUAUAAAUUCUUGAACAUUCACAUCUGGAGUUUGGGAGGUCCUGCAGGAUCGCCAGCGAGGACUAGCUCACUGUUGGCGAGCCCUUAUCGCACAUAGCGGGAUGGCAAGCCCGAGCGACACCUGCGAGCAGCCUGCCGAGACAAUUAGGAAUGUUUCUCGGGCGGGGGCGGCGCCUGAACCCGAACGAGAACCCAGACCUCCUCGGAGAAACAAGAGAAAGGCUCGGGAACCCCGCAAGCUGACCAAGCGACCGAAGGAAUCCGACUCUGAGGACGAUGUGGCCCGUCUGGCUGUCGACGCUGCCACGCUGCAAGGCGAGCGUGCAACAGCUGACAGACCAGAUCAACACUCCUUCCCGCUGGUGUCUCGACUGGAGGGGCCUACCGAGAGGUUCUCCUUCUCCUCGGCGGACGCCUACCCUCCCUCUCCCGUACCCUGGUCCGUGGACACGUCCCCGUCGUCCAGACAGAGAGGCAGGCCGUACAAAACUCUCACCAGGGACAAGAGGAUCGUAGCGAACGCUAGGGAACGCAGCAGGGUGCAUACCAUCAGCGCGGCGUUCGAGAGUCUACGGCGAGCGGUCCCUUCUUACUCCUACAACCAGAAACUCUCCAAGCUCGCGAUCCUACGUGUGGCUUGUAGUUAUAUAACGGCCUUGGCCUGUCUGAACGGCCAGGACUACAGCAGACAUAGAGCGAGUCUGGAGUUCGCCCAGUGUGUGGACCAGUGCACGAGGACACUACAGAUGGAAGGCCGGGCAAGGUCACGAAGAAAAGAAUAGAGAUGUCUGCGGAGGGAAACACAAGAGAGACAUCUGUGUGGUGAAAGGGAGAAACGUGCAACGUUCUUGUACUGAACAAGGAGGUCUCUUUUAAACCUCUUUGUACUGAAGGAGAGCGACAGGUUGAAGUACUCAAGUAGUCAAUCCGCCGUCUGACAGUUACAACGCAUCUACAUGCGGUACAAUAUAAAACCGCAAUGUGGCGCCAUUGAGCGGUAAGCUACGUACAGGUGCCACCGGCCACCCGCUAUGAAAGUGAACAGUGAUGGCGUAAAAACCCUAUUACAGCAAAGCCUGGUGAACGUAAAUGGAGUUUGAAUGGAAUUUGAAUGAGGGCGCCUUCUAUGAACAUAGUGAUUGUAUUGGUCAUGUAGCUAUUCUAUUCAGAAAGACAGCUGCAUGAACAUUCUAGAUAGCGUCGUUGGAGGACGUUUUAUCAGGUGUAACCGGACAUUACGGCAAACUGGAAAUCUCCGUUGCACUAUUCUGGUUGUUCGCUUAGCUGCAUUGAGUGCAGGUAACUGCACACACAUUCUACAAUCGCCAGAGGGCGUGACCGAGUAGACAGUUGUACGUAUGCACCUGUCGUUCAAACUCUCCCUUGGGUAGUGAAGUCUGGAUUAAAAGGGCGUUCUUGAAAUUAGCAUUACAUGUAUACAUAAGAGUAUAAGAGGAAACUUA